CUCUGAAUUUUAGUGAUAGAAAAUCCAUGCUAAAGCAGCGGGACCUAAGCCUGUCCCCGUGUAAACAGUCAUCACUGUCAAGCUGUGCCAAAGCUGUGUUCCAGGAUGCUCCCGAGGAAAGCCCAGCCUUUCUCUUCCCUCCUUCCUUGAAAUCCCAGCUGCCGUAGAAAUCCUUCUCUCCAACACCACUGGAACUCUCAGAAGCCUUUUACUUCUAACUGUAUAACCUUAAAAUUUGUGGAUGAAAAAGCCCUCUCUAACUGCAAUUCAUCUUCCUGGCUUGUUAGUGUAAGGAAAAGACACUGCAGGCACCUGACUGAAGAACAUCUGCUGAAACCCUUUGAGCUGGAAUGACCACUCAUUCAUGGCACUAGCAAUAUAAGAAAAUAUUAAACAAAAAAAAAGACACUGAGAAGAAAUUAAAGCAUUUAAAGGCUCAAACUCUGGAAAUAGCAGAAACUACUGGAAAAGAAGGCAAGACGCUUCAGUGUACAUCUGGAAACAUGAAAGAGUUCCUAGCCAAAGCCAAAGAAGACUUUUUAAGAAAAUGGGAAAGCCCCCCUCAGAAUACUGCUGGCCUAGAUGAUUUUGAGCGGCAAAAAACCCUUGGAACAGGAUCAUUUGGGAGAGUAAUGAUGGUGAAACAUAAAUCCACAGAACAGUAUUAUGCUAUGAAGAUACUGGACAAACAGAAGGUCGUCAAACUGAAGCAGAUAGAACACACACUGAAUGAGAAGAGGAUAUUACAAGCGGUGAACUUUCCUUUCCUUGUUAAACUGGAGUAUUCUUUUAAGGACAAUUCUAAUUUAUACAUGGUAAUGGAGUAUGUUCCUGGUGGAGAAAUGUUUUCACAUCUAAGAAGAAUCGGAAGGUUCAGUGAACCACAUGCACGGUUUUAUGCAGCUCAGAUAGUGCUAACAUUUGAGUACCUCCAUUCAUUAGACCUCAUCUACAGAGAUCUAAAGCCUGAAAAUCUUUUAAUUGAUCAGCAAGGAUACAUCCAGGUCACGGACUUCGGCUUUGCAAAAAGAGUAAAAGGCAGAACUUGGACGUUAUGUGGGACUCCAGAAUACCUGGCACCUGAAAUAAUUCUCAGCAAGGGUUACAACAAGGCAGUGGAUUGGUGGGCACUAGGAGUGUUAAUCUAUGAAAUGGCAGCUGGAUAUCCCCCAUUCUUUGCAGAUCAGCCCAUUCAAAUUUACGAGAAGAUUGUGUCUGGCAAGGUGAGGUUCCCAUCACACUUCAGUUCAGACCUAAAGGAUCUUCUAAGAAAUUUACUCCAGGUAGAUUUGACCAAACGAUAUGGAAAUCUCAAGAAUGGUGUAAAUGACAUAAAGAAUCACAAGUGGUUUGCAACUACAGAUUGGAUUGCCAUUUAUCAGAGAAAGGUAGAAGCUCCAUUCAUACCAAAGUGCAGAGGUCCUGGAGAUACCAGCAACUUUGAUGACUAUGAAGAAGAAGAUAUUCGUGCUUCUCUAACAGAAAAAUGUGCAAAAGAAUUUGCUGAUUUUUAGUAGGAGUAAGAGGACAAGAUGACAUCAGGGCUCACAUUGGGAUCUUUGCACUCUGUUAACAGAUGAGGUGGAGCUGAGACCAUCAUAUGUCAAAACAGUUACCUAGUUACUUCAUUCCACAAAGCUGACUGAGGUCUUUAUUGCCAUCUUCCAUGUGUGCAGUUUGCACCAACCCUUCUAACUAGGCACAAUUAAGCAAGCACUGUUUGUGCAGUAACACAGAAUAAUAGACCACUUUCCUACUUAACUUUGGUUUCUGUCGUUCUUUGUUUCUGUGUAUUGUUCAUUUUCCCCCUUUGAAAUGAAGUAGUUUUUUACCCAAGAAUGCUCCAUUUUAUUUUGAAUUAAUGUAUUAUUUGUGUGAGUGAAAUGGAAGGUGUUGCGGCUAGUGUGAUUUAGACUGAAGUGAAAGAUAAAUGUUGCUUCUAGUCUGUGCCAGCCAAUAAUUCAUGUCUGUCUUGUGUCUGAUGCUACAAUUUAUAAUAAUUUUUUAGUAGCUCAGACUAAACCUAGCCAACAUUUUUAGCAUUUUUGAAGGUAGUAUUUAUCGCCAUAUAAAUGUCUGCUAAAUUAACUUAAAAACAUUUCUUCUUGGAGGCUGACCAAAAUUCAGUAGAAUCAAUUGGAUGGCUUAAGUAGGGGACAGUAGCUAGACCCCGUGCCUUGGUUUUCUACAUCCCUGCAGUUUUCGUCACUGCCUCCUUCCUUUGUAUUUCCCACCUAGGCAGUAGGCGGGUUGCCAUAACCAGACUGUACCAUGGAGAGCUUGCAGUCUCGUCAGAGGGAGUAAUUCCACCUGGUCUGGACUUUGGACCAUAUUAAACCAAGUCAACUUACCAGCAUUUCAGUUGGCAGGUGUGAAAUGGCUUGUUUAAGAUCAAGAACCCUAAACUCUUAAAGGAAGUUUUGGUCAGUACUGUAGAGAAUUCAUUUUGAUUCACUUUUUCUUCUUCUGUUUUUUUCUUAUUUUUUUAAAAGUAGCCAAUGUUUCGGCUCCCAAAGUAUUCCUUGCUUCAAGCCUUUUUUGACUAAAAAAGGCAUCCAUUAGAAUAAAAACCAUCAUGCCACAGAAAGCAAAAUGCGCUCUGCCAUUAGCUAUGAAAAACAAAUGGUUUAGCAAAUGCAAAAUAAUGUUCUAGAUGCAUCGCUGGAUGAACACGGUUAUUUUUUGUUAGCUGUUAAGAAUAAGAGGUUAUUGCCAAGUUUUUAUUCUGGUAUACUAUAUUAGUAAACUGAGGAUGGAGUACUGCUACAAUCAUUUUCUUUUUAAUUACAGCACUUCAUUCAUGAAGAAAAGAGAUCAAGUUUAAAAACUGCAACAGCUGAGUUUAUUUUAGUUGCGUUGUGUCUUCAUUUCUAACCUACUUUCUUUCAAUCAAUCAGAAUGUAUGGUCACACAGAUACAAGUAUUUGGGUUUAAUUAUGUUUUGUAUACUCUCACCAACUGACUUAAAAGGUAUUGCUACCAUGUGCUAGCUUUGGGCACUUUUACACAUUUAUUUCAAUGUUAAUAAUCAGCGGCUCAGCACUUUUUUCGGGGUUGCUUUUAAACUUAUUCAUAGUAGUUUUAUUUGAACACUUGGUUCUGGCUGUCUCAGUGACCUGUCUUAAAACAGCACAUCUAAAAGUUUAAACUAGACUCAUGUUUUAUGAUAAAUUUACAUGCAUACAAGGAUGAAUUGUUUUUUUAAAAAAUGAGCUAUAUUGAUACAUAGCCAUUGGAUUUGUUUGAAUGCCAGUGCAAAUAAACAGCUGGCGUUCCUUCCUUUUAAUCUGUACGACGCUCCUAAAAGAAAGGCCUUUGUAGACAUUUUACAAAAGAGUAUGAAACAUACCACCCAAUGUUCUGUCUGUUUAGGUUGUUGAGCAUUUUUGCACAACGUCAUUAGGAGGCUGACACUGAAUGCAGUCUUUGUCCACCCAUAUUUACAUACAUGCAAGAAAAGUAUAAGAUACUUUGCUGUAGCAAAUUUUAUGUAACAAAGAUAUAUCGUCACAUUAAUAAAUUUAAAGAAAUCCUUUGUAUGAAAAUGUUAAAAUCUUUUGUAUUUCAUUUAGACCAAGGACAUGCUGCUGUAUGCUAGCUGUAUGCGAUAAAUUCUACAGUAACUUUGUUGUCGUUUAUGAACUUUAAAAGAUUUUAAUAAAUGUUGAAGAUCACAA